CGGAUUUAAAGUUAUGUAAAUAGCAAAAAUUACUGCUCAUCAAUGUUCACCACAUUGUUCAAAAAUGACAGAACGUCGAAAUGCAUACGAAGAAAAAUUAGCAAAAAAAAAACGUGUAAAAAAGAAAACUUUUGAAACUGAUGAUGACAUUGCUACAAGUGCUCUAAUAAGCAAAUCAUCACAAGAACAUCUUAGUAUAGAUCUGUCUGAUUUAUCAAAUGAAACUGAAUAUCUAAGUGUCCCUUUAGGUGAUAGCUCUUCAAAAGAUGUCAAAGAACAUCUUAAAAGACGUGUUGAUCGUGCUGACAGAAUAGAAAAAUCUCAUAAAAAAUAUCAACAAGAAUCUCAUAGAAGACCUCGAACACCUACAGCGAGAAGAAUCAGUAUGGAUAGUGUAGAGUCAACUGAUGAAAUAACUUCACGCGACGUUUCAUCUUCUCCACAUCGUUCACCACGCCAAGGGAAAAAAUUUGAUGAACCAAAGAAGAGUGAUCGAUCAUGUGAAAAUGAAGAAUGUUCAGGAAAACCUAAACGUCAAAGAUCUCCUUCCUAUUUAAGUGAAAUUUCAUCAUCAGAUCCUUCUUGUCCAGAACUUUGCGAAUUAGAUGAAUUGAAAAUUCCAGAGCCUAAACAACGGUGUGAAUCUUCUUGUCCUUCUCAAAUUAUAGAAGAUGAACAAAGAGAAAUGGAUCAAGCAGAAGUCGAUAGAUUCGUGUUAUAUGGAGGAUUAAGAUAUUUCGAUGACCUUUGUCAUUGUUCUCUCAAAUGUCUUUUAAUCCAAAUUUUUGGAGACAAAUUUGUACAAAAAACAGCAUCUUCAGCAUUUUUUUUUGCAAUGGGUAUGAAACUUUGCUAUGAACUAGAUUCUUGGUUUAUUCCAUUUUAA